AUGAGUGGGACCUGUAUCCAUGAGCCCCGUGCCCCCUCCCCCUCCCUGUCAGGCUUCAGUACCCCGGUAUCAGAAACCCCUUAUCGAAGACUUGAUGGUGACACCCCAGCCUGCACCCCGGAAACGGACCUGACCCCCACACAGUGUGUCCUCCGAAACGUGCUGUCAAUUGACACUGGUGGGUCGGGGGCACCGGGAGGCAGCAGUCCCACGCCCAGUGAUGGACCUUCAGGCCAUUUUGACAACAGUGUGCUGAAACUACACGAACAUGACGCCUGCCAGUGUGGCAGUGGGGCAGAGGCGGGCCACAGUCCGGAGGCCGGCGCCGUCCGGAGCCAUUCGGAGAAUAUUCGGUUUCAAUCGGGUAGUGGAGGGUUUUUGGAGGGUCUGUUUGGAUGCCUAAAACCUGUGUGGACCAUGAUCGGGAAGGCCUACUCCACUGAGCACAAGCAUAGCCAUGAAGAAAGCUGGGAGGUUCCAUUUGAGGAGAUCUCCGACCUGCAGUGGGUGGGCAGCGGGGCGCAGGGUGCCGUCUUCCUCGGCAAGUUCCACGGAGACGAUGUGGCUGUGAAGAAAGUACGAGACAUCAAGGAGACUGAAAUCAAACAUCUUCGCAAGCUCAAGCACCCCAACAUCAUCACUUUCAAGGGCGUGUGUACCCAGGCUCCUUGUUACUGUAUCUUGAUGGAAUACUGUGCCCAAGGGCAAUUAUACGAGGUGCUGAGGGCAGGUCGUAAAAUCACCCCCUCCCUCCUGGUUGACUGGUCCAUGGGCAUUGCAGGAGGCAUGAACUACCUACACCUUCAUAAAAUCAUACACCGAGAUCUCAAGUCCCCAAACAUGCUGAUCACACACGAUGACCUGGUAAAGAUCUCGGACUUUGGAACCUCAAAGGAGCUCAGUGACAAGAGCACAAAGAUGUCUUUUGCAGGCACCGUAGCCUGGAUGGCUCCUGAGGUCAUCCGGAAUGAGCCCGUGUCAGAAAAGGUCGAUAUCUGGUCAUUUGGAGUGGUGCUGUGGGAGAUGCUCACCGGAGAGAUCCCUUACAAAGAUGUAGAUUCAUCAGCCAUCAUCUGGGGCGUGGGAAACAACAGCCUGCAGCUGCCCGUACCUGAGAGCUGCCCCGAUGGUUUCAAGGUCCUCCUCAGACAAUGCUGGAACUGCAAACCCAGGAACCGGCCUUCGUUCCGUCAGAUCCUUCUCCAUCUUGACAUAGCGUCGGCUGACGUUCUGUCUACUCCUCAGGAGACGUACUUCAAGUCGCAGGCUGAAUGGCGAGAGGAGGUGAAACAGCACUUUGAGAAGAUUAAAUCCGAGGGUACUUGUUUGCACCGACUCGAUGAGGAGUUGAUCAACCGACGCAGAGAGGAGCUCAGACAUGCUUUAGACAUUCGUGAACACUAUGAGAGGAAACUGGAGAGAGCUAACAACCUUUACAUGGAGCUCAGUGCCGUCAUGCUGCAGCUGGAGCUCAAAGAAAAAGAGCUGCAGAGGAGGGAGCAGUCUUUGGAUAAAAAGUAUCCGGGGUUUUUUAAACACCACACCUCCAGGCAGAGCAGCUCUUCCAACAGCAUGGACAAGCUCAUCAAGAAGAGAAAUGUCCCACAGAAACUGCCCUCAGGAAAGCGGCCAGACAUCCUUAAGUCUGAGGUAAUCAUUCCCAAAAUGGAUUCCUCCGUAAUGCAAGUCACCAUCCCAAACUGCCCCGCGAGAACCUCCACUUCUCCCAGUCGGUCUCGGAGGGUAAAAACACGCCACCGUAAGCCUGGCAAAGGCAGCAGUGGAGAUCUGGCAGGACUCAAAGCCAAUCAGUCGUCUCCCAAUAGAGAGACGACGGCGGCCCAGGUUAACAGCUUGCCCGCUGAUUCCGCCAAGAAGCUGCUGGAGCCCUCUGCAGCCUUGCGGGGCCACGGCCCCGAGCAACAGCAAAGGCAGAUAUCCUCCUCCGGCCCUGACCUGAUCUGCACCACGCUAGAGGUGGGCGGCCAGGGAAAAGAGGAUCCCCCUGUGGGUGCGCUCCAAAGAGGAGGCGCUUCUGCGGGAUUAGGGGAAUCGGAGGUGGGGGUCGCCGGUCUGGAUGAUCUCACUGAAACUCCCCCGCGCAGCGACACUCCUAGCGAGGAUGCAGCAUCGUUCCCCUUCUCGAGUAGCCCCGACUCACCUUGUGGGCGGGGGGCGGCGGCCCGACGCGGAUCUCUCGGAUCUCCCCGUCUGCCUCAUGACGGAGGCGAGGAUAAAGAGGACGGAGCAGGCGCUGUGAGGUUGCCCCGGGGGGCUUCAGGGGGAAUUGGGAGUCAGCACCUCACACCUUCGGCCAUUCUGUACAGGGCAGCUAUUACACGAAAACAGAGACGUGGGGUGUCAUCAGAAGAAGAGGAGGGGGAGGUUGACAGUGAGGUCGAGUUACCACGGAGACGACGUCCGACGAGUAUCACCAAGUGUCAGUCGGUGUCAACCUUCAGCUCGGAGAACCUGUCAGUUUCGGAUGGCGAGGAGGGCCAUACUACAGAUCACUCCCACAGCGGCACCCCCGAUGUGGUCAGCACCAACACGGAUGACAAGUUGGACUACCGCAGUGACGACCUCCUCUCUCAGGGCUCAGAGAUCCCGGCAGACAUCACGGAUCCCGCGCAGGCUUCCGAUGGCCUGUCAGAGAAAGACGGAAUGCUGGGUCAGGCCAAAGCAAAGCUGGAAAGCGAGCAGAAUCCAAAUGAGGGUCGAGUCCUUUGUGACGAUUCCGACUGCGACAGUGCCGAGCUGGACCAGUCGGGCAGCGGGGAGCCGAGCCGACCUCCCAGUGCUGGAGCAUGGAUGCCGCCCCCUCAAGCCCAUCAAGGGUCACCACAGGCGUCUCACACAGGACCCCCAUAGACACCUGGACUUAAAUACCUCUAACUUGCAUACAUUAAACCGUCACCGUCACAGUGCACCGGGUCGGCCAGUGCGGCAUGUCACGAGGGGUCACAGCUAUGACACGUUUUACACAAAGUUACGAGGGCUACCCAGCGCACUGGCUGGCACGUGACACAUUUGUCAAACCUGACUGACAUUCUUUUGAUUUUCUUUUGUCAGCUUGGGUGAUAUUCUGAUAGAGACAUCUACUCUUUGUAGUCAAAAUAGGUACCUUUCAUUCACACCCCCAUCCCCACUCUGGGAACACCCCCAUACACUACUGCAUUAAAAUACUAAUAAUGUAAAUAACCAUGAAAUAUUUUAUUUAUAAAAAAAAAAGAAAAGAAUAAAUGGUUUGCAGCCCUGUGAACAAAUGCAUGAUUAUGUUUAUAAUUUAUGAUUUGAAUGUAUCAGUUUUAUAUUUUGUGGAAGUUUACACUUUUUUAAUCCUGAAAGUAUUUCCUCUGUUCCUUAUGUUAAUAAAUGUUAGCACUAUAAAGGAGGGGAAAACGGAUGGAAGAUUUAGGAGGUCUGAGUUGUAAAACAUAAUUCUAGCACACAAGACUUGCGUGAGGUUUUUACAAAGGUUGUCGGAUUUGUGGUGGAAUGGAGUCCUUUUGGUUCACGUGGAAUGAAAAGGUUGUGAUUGUGCAGUAAUAAGUCCCAAGUGUUGUCUUUGGUGAGUGUCAAGUCAUGCCUGCACUCACGGCAACACCUUCCUCUGACAUGCACUGAACCAGGACAACAUUUAUUUCAACUCUCUCUAAAUAGCAACGCUACUGGUGCAGGUGCUAAUAAACGUGAAUGUGUUUUUGUAAUGAAUUUCAAGGACUGGUCGCCUUCAUAAAAACCUCCACGGUCCCCCACGACCCUUUAAGAUUUCUGCAGGAGUAGCCUGC